AUGCCGGCGAACUCUGGAUUAGCGUUGGUGAGCUUCGCCACAAUAUUGUCGAGCACAUCAAUCGCAUUUCCUGCGAAUCGAAGCAUCGGACAGUCUUUAGGACAAGUUGAGGAAUUCCUGCUCGCAUUCGAAAUGUCGCAGAGCGAGUCAAUGAACACGACUGGCCCUUCGGAAAUAAUGCAGCUUUCCAAGUUGGCGAAAGCGUACCCGAAUGCUUUCGCUGUUCUUGCGGAGAACAGUGGCUACGUUUUGGAGACAAAACGAUCGAAGGCAAGCCAAUGCAGCAACUUCUGGAAGAACGUGGUUCUUGCAGUUGGCGCAAUUGUUAUGGGCGCUUCCCUUUGGAUCGUUUUGUCUACAAGCCUGCGGCAGUUACAGCCGUUCUGCAAUACUCCGGAAACCUCGACGCCCGAAAUCCCCGCCAAUCUGACCGCCAAUCGAAUCGUCCGAUCCAGCGACGAAGACGAAAUCUUCGCCCAGUCGACUCCAAGCUCUACUCGAAGUCGAAGUCGAAGUCGAAGUCGUGGGCGCAGCGGACGAUCUACCGACCCAAAAGUACCUGGCCCAGAAAGCAUCAUGGCCAAGACUCCUCCACCUCCAUACGCUCCAGCUUCUUCUCCAGAGUCAGAGCCAGCUUCUCCCGAGUCUUUUUCUUCAGUCACCCCAUUGGCUAGUGAUGAUUCAAUCUCCUACUCGAGCUUGGGAUCUACUACAAGUGACAUUCGUCGCAAGAUGGCUGAGCUCUACCCUGACAUUGCUGGAGAAGGAUCUGGAUCUGGAGAAGAAGACAAUGUUCCAGAGCCGCCAACAAAUCUUCAAGACGCCAUUGACGCCAUUGAAGAGGGAUCAGGUGCGAUUGCUCAGUUCCAAGAUGCCAUGGAAGCCGCCGUUUUUAUCUGUAAGUUUUCAUAA